UCACGACACCUCCUGACACGCUCACUCACUCGUCACUCCCUUCUUCAACAAAGGGGAGGUUUUGAAAAUGGCGGCGAUGAGAUACAAAGGAGGAAGAGUCCUUAUCACAAUCUUCUUCUUCUUCUCCAUCGUCCUUCUUACGUGCUCACAUGCUCACUCUUCUUCUACAAAAUCGUUCUUUUGGUUAGGGGAAACAGAAGUCAUGAACGCCAUGAAAAAGGAGAAGGAGAUUGAUGUUGGAGCAGCUAAUGAAGUUGAAGAGAGACAAGUUCCCACUGGAUCCGACCCUCUCCAUCAUAACCACAUUCCCUUUACUUCUCCAUAGACUUUUACAUCUGCUGCUGUUUCCUACACUUCACUUGUUGAUUUUGUAACACGUUUUGCAUACUCCAGUUUUGGGUUUUGUUUAUCCGAAUGUUAAAUUUAAUUUCAGGUUUUCUUAAAUAAUGAUUUACUUUGUGAGUGUAUAUCAUCCCAACUGAAUAACGUAUGAAACUUUUUUGUCAUCUUCUGAUAAAACAUUGUGGAAAAAAAAAAACAGUUUUACAAUUUUAGUCUGCUAUAUUUUUUUCAGAAUGAUGAACCAUAAAAUAAAAUGUUAAAUAAAUUGUCAUGCCAAAUUGCAAAAGAAACAUUUUGCCUAUAUAUAUUUAUUGUAACUUGCAACAUACAUUUGUAGAUUAAAUUGCAUAAGACAAACCACCUAACAGACUAAACAUCUAAACACAGCCCUUACAGCUAUUUUCAUAACACUUAUCUUAUUUUUAGAAGCUUUUUU